AUGCCAGACACCACGAUCCCCGCACCCCGGAUGCUGGAGCAGCGCAGGUUGCAAAGCGGCGGCAGCGAGCCUCUGCUACCGGAGGCCGAGGACGGGAGCCUGGUGCUGUUCGCACCCUUCAACUUUGAGUUUCCCAAGCUCGAUUUCGACCUCUGCGCGAGUGCUUCUCUGGAGCGCUUGGGCCGUGUGCCCUGGGACUCCGAGGGUCUCUUCGCCAUGGGCACCGACGCCACCUGCCGCGUUGGCGACGCCUUGGGGGUUCCGGCUGCUGAGGGGGGCAGCGCUCAGCAGGUCUCGCUGGUCUUUUGGCUGAUCCAUCGCAAGGCGCUGCUGCAGGGCCAAGCCUACACCGUGCAGAGCCUGGUGCGGAACCCUCAGCAGGCGGACUGGCCUUCCUCGCUGCCCUGGCGCUUGGAAUCCUACCAACGCUUCAUUGCUACCGGGCAGAAGGUGCGCCUGGAUAGCUCGGUGCUGGCGGGCCAGUCCAUCACGCCGCCAGCGGACACGUUCCAGAUCACCAAUAGUGCAGCUGAGCACACCACCAGCGCCAAAGUGUACGGCGUGCAGUUCACGCUGCAGCUGCCGCACCCGCUGCUCACGGGGGACUCCAUCGACGAAGUCACCGCCCCCCCGGGCUUCGAACUGCGGGCCAACGGCUCCAACACCUCCAAUGCCUCGCGCUGUCUGGACUUCAGGUGGCAAGACACCUGGCGCCCGCUGCGCCUGGACGUGGAACCCUACUGCGACUGCAGCUCUUCCGUGGACUUCGGCCAUGUCUGCUCUUUGAUCGUCAACGUGUCCUUCCUGUCUCCUGAAGACGUCCUGGGUGCAGACACGCCUGUGGGCUUUGAGAUGUCGGUGUGGAACCCUGCAGGGCCCAAUGCGCCCGUGAGGAACUGGUGGGGAAUGCGGCACUGGAGGUCCGAUGGGAGGCUGCUCUCCUCCGCAUUUGCGGAGGGCUGGCCGAUCCUGGGGACACUUCAGAACAUGUCCGCUUUCAUUUCUGGCUACAGGCAGCGCGCGGGGUCGCAGAGCGACAUCACGCUGCUCUUCACCCCGACGCUGUGGGCCAGCGCCGUGGACCUCGUCUUCCACGAGCCGCCGGGCUUCGACUUCUCCACGGUGAGGCCCUCGAGCCCUCUGAUUCGGCACGCCUUCACCCAGGGCUCCCGUGUGGUCCUGGCCAACGGGGACUUCCGGCCAAACCUGCCGGGAGAGGUCUUUCUGGGAGAAGUGAUGCUGGGUUCUGGUGGCCCUACACGCAUCAGCAUGCAGCUCUUCGCGGACGCCAGGAUGGAGCAAGAGGUUGCCAGGCGCCGGAACUUCUUCCAGGGCUUUGUGCAGCCCGGGGCCCUGCAGAUCGACUCUCAGCAGCUGCUGUCUGAAGAUGUGACGGAACACUACGAAGGUGACGCCUAUGACUCGGUGCUGCCGCUGCUGCCGUGCUUUGCCAAGCAGCGGGCGCGCAUCGAGAUCUUCUUUCAGCUGUCCCAGUACGCCAUGGCCGGGGAAAUCUUCGUGCUGAAAAACUUGUCUCCACAACCCGAGCGACUGCACGAGCUGGUAAGCGAGGAGGGUUAUGAGCCGUUGUUGGAGUUCUGCGCCGGUGCGGAUGGAGGCCGGGAGGAGAAUACCACCCUGUGGCAAUGCGACCGGGUGCUUCCUGUCAAUCACUCAGCGAUCGUUUUCUCUCGGAACAACUUUGACAUUUUGGACGGCUUCAGCACCCGGCUGUUGCCCAAAGCGGACGUCUACGUCACAGACCAAGCGGCCAAGGAUCAGAUCGCCUGGAUAACGGACGGCAGUGGCGCCUUGGCCAUGGAGGCGAACCGGAACUACCGGCUGCGGCUCUGGAUUCUGCCCACCUCCAUUGCGACUCAGUGGUCCAUCAGCACGGGGCACAUGGAGCCCACGUAUUUGACCAACACCAACGACGCGGAGACCUUCGCCCCCACGGCCGUGGCGGAGAUGUUCCUGUCCGUGACCACCGCAGUCUCACGACGUCCACCGCUUGCGGCCGUCUACGUCACGGUGACCAUCAACGCUGCACCCAUCGAGGUCGCCUUCUCCAGGCUGGUGAUCCUUCCUCCCUACGGCUUCGCGCCGCUCGGGGUCACGCCUCCGGCGAACGCCCGUGCGAUCCUCGAGCUGCCCUUGGGCCAAGACUUCGCAGAGAUGUCCUACCAGCUGCGGAUGAUCAUGCCGCGGCGGACGAACCUGGACCCCCGGUGGUUCGUGCUGGCCCGGAAAGAGUCGGUGGACGAGAUCACCGGCGAGGUCAUGGACCGCGUCGUGGGCUGGGGCUCCGCGCCCGGCUUCGACAUCGCGCCCUGCCCGGCCUUCGCAAGGUAUGGGGCAUUGCCCUCCUACACCGGCUGGCUCGCCCUCACCUUCAAGACACCCUCUGUGGUGAUGGGUCGCUUCGCCCUCUUCACUGCCCCCCCGGAGUUUCGCGCCCAGUGCCCGCCCGGCCAGGUGUCCACAGAUGCGAUCGCAUGUAUCCCCAUUUUGCACCACUCCCAUGACCCUCCCAUGUGGAUGGAAGGCCGUUCCCUGAACUCCAUGGGGGCAUGGACUGGGAAGGCCCGCUAG